UCCACAGCUCUUUCUAUGUAUACUGAUGUUCUGCAGUGUCCAUUUUUAGUUGUGUUCGGGUGGUUCAGGGUGAAGAAGACAAAAUGAACACAAUAACCCAAAGCUGUGUCCUAUUAUUGUGGAUGCAUUCAUUGACCUUUGUGAAAUGUCAAGAAUGUACACUUGAAGAUUUUAGGAAUGGUCCCCUGUACGAUUCAAAUUUUGACACGACAAAUUUGGAAACCAAAUACCAAAAUGAGGAGCAAGUGAGAGUGGGCUGCACUGUUGGCCACAGUGGAUUUUUCAGACUCAUCUGUAAAGCUGGAACAUGGCAGUCUCGUGGUACAAAAUGUCAACCAAAACCGUGCGGUCACCCUGGUGAAGCCCAGUUUGCAAAUUUUCAACUGGUGAAAGGUGAUGAUUUUGUCUUUGGCUCCCAAGUGGAGUAUACCUGCCAUCAAGGUUACCAAAUGGUCAGUCGGAUUAACUAUCGACGUUGCAUGACAGCUGGGUGGAGUGGUAGUAUUCCAGUCUGUGAAGCAAUACAGUGCCCCAUGGUCAAUGUGGAAGAUAAUGUUGACGUGAUUGGGGACCCAGAAGAAGCAAACUUUGGCAACGUGGUUCGAUUUAGUUGCAAAAGUAGCAAUGAAAUCAUAAUUGGUCCAUCAGAGAUGUUCUGUGAUGAAAAUGGAGAGUGGAGUGGCAUUCCUCCAAAAUGUGAAGGGGUAAAAUGCAGAGUGCCACUGGUUGAAAAUGGUUUUGUGCCUGGAAAGGUCCAAGAGUACAAAGAACAUGAUAUAUUGUCGUAUCAAUGUAAUCCAAGAUACAAGCAUGCUGAAGACAGACCUUCAACAUGCACAAAACUUGGAAUGAGAGCCGAGUGGAGCCCCACACCCUCAUGCGAAUUGAUUAGAUGCAAAGUGUCACUGCCAGCCAUUAAAGGAACCAGCUACGAGCCUGCCUACACAUCCUUAUUUUCACCUGGUGACACGUUAACUGUCACAUGUGAAGCGAGCCACUGGAUUUCAACCCCCCAGCAGACCUCAGCAGUAUCAACGUGCAAAGACAAUGGAAAAUGGACCAUUACACCAAUAUGUCAAGAGGUUACGUGCAGUAACCAGAGAGACCCAACUGUAUGGCGAUGGGAUGUCUAUUGGGGGCAGAGAAUCAAAUUGGGUACAUCUGUUCAAUAUGUCUGUAGGUCAGGAUACAAGAGAACAAAUGGCUCCUCACAGGUCACAUGCACCAGAGAUGGAUGGAUACCAAAUCCACCCUGCCAAGAAAUAACAUGUGACAGUAAGGAUAUCCAUAGUGCUAACAUUGCUGGUGAUGGCAAGCAAAUCUACAAAAAGCGUGAAACGGCCUAUUUUACCUGCAAAGGUUCUCAAGAUUGGUUUACUCUAACUUGUACAGAAAAUGGUUGGCACGGAAAUGUGUAUUGUCCAGGACACCAAUGUAAACAACUUGACCUCAACAAUGCAGGUAUUAUAAGCAGUAAAAAGGGCUAUUACAACGAAGGCGAACGUGUCCAAUAUGUAUGUGCGAAUGAUGCCGACAGAAAAUUCACCGUUACCUGUGAAUUUGGUGGCUGGACUGGGAUUCAGAACUGUUCAGAAUGUCUACAACCUGAUGUGCUCCAUGGCUAUGCUGUUGGUCCGUUACACGACACACUCUACUACACGUGUAAUGAAGGUUAUAAACUUCCAAGUAAAGGGUGGUGGGGUGAAGCAAAAUGCAUCGAUGGUCUGUGGUUUGGACUGGAACAAUGUGUGGAAAACAAUAAGUGUGGGGAAAUGCCUGCGAUUGCCAAUGCAAAAAUAAAACAUCAAAGGAAUGGAAAUGGACAAAAAGAGAGCCUCCAGAUUAUUUGCAGGGAUGGAUAUCAGACUCAGAUUGACCGCUUAUUGUGCGUGGAAGGAAAGUGGGAUUCAAAUGGAUUACCCCUUAACUCAAUCUGCGUUCUUGUUGCUGGAACCUGCGGUCCUCCUCCUAAAGUUGAGCAUGCCAUCAUUUCGACUUCAUUUCAGAAGGAAUACUUGUCUGACUCGAAAGUAACUUUCAAGUGCCGACAAAGCUAUAUGAUGGAAGGACAAGACACAAUCACAUGUCAAAAUGGCAAAUGGGACAUAGUGGACAUUAAGUGUACACCAUACUGCUCCAAGCCCAAAGAUGCGGAACGAACCAUGACCUUCACUGACAAUAAAGAAAAAUAUAUCAAUGAUGAGGUCAUAGAGUAUCGCUGUAUCCAACCAGGUGAAAAAAGUGAGGGUUCUGCAACCUGUGUAAAUGGCAAGUGGAGUAAACCAAUUCAAUGUGAAGUGAAGCCAUGUGCACUUCCUGAAAACACUCCAAAUGGCUAUUAUCAAAUAAUCCUGGGUGAUGACUUUGUUUUCGGGGCAACUAUCAAAUACUUCUGCAAUGUGGGCUAUCAAAUGGUGAGUAAGAUUGAUAUCAGGACCUGUUUGCUGGACAGAUGGACCAACCAUGUUCCGAUAUGUGAACCUAUGAGCUGCGAGCUACCGCCUGCACAGGGAGGAAUCACAAUCAAAGGUUUACCAGAAAAUGAAGAGGGCAUCCUUCCUGACCGCUUCCUCACAUUCAGUUGUGACGUUCCUGGGAAGCAACUGCAUGGCAGCUCACUGCUCAUUUGUGGUCAAGAUGGACUUUGGGAUAACCCAGUCCCUUCUUGUGAAGAUAUUUCUUGUAAGGUUGGAGAGCUCCACCCUCAUCUUCGUGCAGACGAGCUGCCACCAGGGAAUCAACCAAUACGAAUUGGACACAAAUUAAGGUUUCACUGUGGUGAUGAAUAUGCCUUGGCUGGAUCUGACGAAAUUGAAUGCUUGCCAACUGGGCAGUGGAACAACCCUUUCCCAACAUGCAAUGAACCAUGCCAGAUCACAGUUAUACCUGGUAGUGUAAGCUUGAGCACUCGUCUAUCCGGCCCACAAGCAAGAAAAGGACAAAAGUUGAAUUUUUAUUGCCGCCAACGUGGACAGAUGCUUCGAGGGAAGGCAGAGGUUGAAUGUCUACCAAAUGGACAGUGGAGUGAUCCCUUUCCAACAUGUGGAGCGCCUUUGGAUUGUGAGCAGCCACCUUACAUUGCUGGUGGGGACACCAUCUCCUCCACUAAAUUCCGUUACAAACAUAAUGAGAGGGUUGAGUACAUUUGCCAGAAUUACUACAAAAUGGAAGGGCAGCCCUACAAGACCUGCAAAAAUGGUGAAUGGAUUGGAGAGAUGAAAUGCCUCAAGCCCUGCACUGUGAAUAGAGAACUCAUGAGCGCACACAACAUAACAUUCAGAUACAGGCGUGACAACAAGUUGUACUCGACCCAUGAUGAUGUCAUCGAGUUCUGGUGCGUCUCUGGAACAAGACAUGACAGCAGACUGAGUAUGCGGCAGAAGUGUAUCGAUGGAGUAAUGGAACUGCCCACUUGCCACUAGCUGUUUUUCUGUGUGGGGGGGGGGGGCAAAUUAAUGUUAACUUGAGUCAAUAAUCAUCCACUGUCUGCAGUAUGUUGCUGCAUCGUCUGCUUGUUUUCAAUAAAAAGUUCUGUCUGUUGCCUCCACAAA